AUAUAGAUCUCUACCUGGAGACCCCAUCAAUCUAUAGAUCUCUACCUGGAGACCCCAUCAAUCUAUAGAUCUCUACCUGGAGACCCCAUCAAUCUAUAGAUCUCUACCUGGAGACCCCAUCAAUCUAUAGAUCUCUACCUGGUUCCCAACAAUUUGCUCUAUUUGGUUCAUGCUGAUCUGAAGAUCUUUGUACCUGGUGAUCCCUAACUGGCACCCAUCAGCCAGUAGAUCUCUGUACCUGGCUGCCUCUGAUCAAAACACCUCUCUACCUGGUGAUCCACACCUGAUUCCCACUGAUCAGUAUCCCUCCACUUGGUCAUCCUUCCCUGGCUCCUAUCCGUGUCUACCUGGUAAAACCUACCUGGCUCUCAUCAGUCUAUAUAGAAUUUAGUAUUUGGUGAUUCCUGGAUGUUUAUCAUCAGCCUGUAGAUAUAUCUUUACCUGGCUCCCAUCAAUAUGAAGAUCUAUACCUUGUGAUCAUUGGCUGGCUCUUUACAGAUAAAUAUAUAGAUCUCUAUUUAUACAUAGAGAGGGGGAGACCUCUCUUUUCCUGGUGAUUCCCCCUCCUUUCCUGGAGGUGACAGCCUGGCUUUGAAUGGGUGUCUAACGGUGGCUGAGGAGAGGAGAGGCCCGGAGGAGACGGACGCUUGAAUGGCAUCUAUAAACUUUCUGAUGUCUGACACUUGCCUGGAGAGGAUAAAACAGACGUGUUCGUGUGUGACUAGAGAAGUUUUGUGGUUUGCGGCUGGACUCUCCCCUCCAUUCCCUGGAUAUGAGACUUGAAAGAAGACGAUGCAUACAGGAGGAGAGACUUCAGCAUGCAAACCGUCAUCUGUCCGGCUUGCACCAUCAUUUUCAUUCCAUCCUACCGGCCUUCCGAUGGCUGGACAAAUGCCCCAUUCACAUCAGCAGUACAGUGACCGCCGUCAGCAGAACCUAAAUGACCCACAAGUAUCUGCCUUAUCUUACAAUGACCAGAAUCCACCUUUGGCAAACCAGCGACGGAUGCCCCAAACCUUUCGUGAUCCAACUGCAGCUCCUCUAAGGAAAUUGUCAGUUGACUUGAUUAAAACUUACAAACACAUUAAUGAGGUCUACUAUGCAAAAAAGAAACGGCGGCAUCAGCAAGGCCAAGGAGACGAUUCCAGUCAUAAGAAGGAGAGGAAAGUUUACAAUGAUGGCUAUGAUGAUGACAACUAUGACUAUAUCGUAAAAAACGGUGAAAAGUGGAUGGAUAGAUAUGAAAUAGACUCUCUGAUUGGGAAGGGUUCUUUUGGCCAGGUUGUAAAGGCUUAUGAUCGUGUGGAACAGGAGUGGGUGGCAAUUAAAAUAAUAAAGAACAAGAAAGCUUUCCUAAAUCAAGCCCAAAUCGAAGUGCGACUCCUUGAGCUCAUGAACAAACAUGACACAGAAAUGAAGUACUAUAUCGUGCACCUAAAACGCCAUUUUAUGUUCCGAAACCACCUCUGUCUAGUAUUUGAAAUGCUCUCCUACAACCUCUACGACCUGUUGCGGAACACCAAUUUCCGUGGUGUUUCUCUCAAUCUGACACGAAAGUUUGCCCAGCAGAUGUGCACGGCACUGCUAUUUCUAGCAACUCCAGAGCUCAGUAUCAUUCACUGUGACCUAAAGCCUGAGAAUAUCCUGCUUUGUAACCCUAAACGAAGUGCUAUCAAGAUUGUGGAUUUUGGAAGUUCAUGCCAACUGGGGCAGAGGAUAUACCAGUAUAUUCAAUCUCGCUUUUAUAGAUCUCCAGAGGUUUUAUUAGGAAUGCCUUAUGAUCUUGCAAUUGACAUGUGGUCCCUUGGAUGCAUUUUAGUGGAAAUGCACACUGGAGAGCCCCUGUUCAGUGGGGCCAACGAAGUGGACCAGAUGAAUAAAAUUGUGGAAGUUUUGGGGAUCCCCACUGCUCACAUCCUAGACCAAGCACCAAAAGCCAGGAAGUUCUUUGAGAAGUCAACAGAUGGCACCUGGAACUUAAAGAAGACCAAAGAUGGAAAGAAGGAAUACAAAUUGUCAGGAACCCGGAAGCUUCACAUUAUACUUGGAGUAGAAACUGGUGGGCCUGGUGGACGCAGAGCUGGGGAAUCGGGUCACACUGUAGCGGACUACUUGAAGUUUAAAGACCUAAUUUUAAGGAUGCUAGAUUAUGAUGCCAAGACACGUAUCCAACCUUAUUAUGCCCUGCAACAUAGUUUCUUUAAGAAAACUGCUGAUGAAGGUACCAACACAAGUAAUAGUGUAUCUACAAGUCCAGCAAUGGAGCAGUCCCAAUCAUCUGGAACCACCUCUAGUACAUCAUCUAGCUCAGGUGGUUCCUCUGGGACCAGCAACAGUGGGAGAGCUAGGUCAGACCCAACUCACCAGCAUCGGCAUAGUGGGGGACAUUUUACUGCUGCUGUUCAAGCUAUGGAUUGUGAAGCACACAGUCCUCAGGUUCGGCAACCAUUUCCUCCACCCGUUGGUUGGACGGUCACUGAAGCCCCUACCCAAGUUACAAUUGAAACGCACCCUGUUCAAGAAACUACAUUUCAUGUUCCUCAUUCACAACAAAAUGUAUCACAUCACCAUGGGAAUAGCUCUCAUCACCACCACCACCAUCACCACCAUCAUGGACCGCAAAUCCUUGGGAACCGGACGAGGCCCAGGGUCUACAACUCUCCUUCAAAUAGCUCCUCUACCCAGGAUUCUAUGGAGAUCGGACAUAGCCACCACUCCAUGACAUCUUUGUCUUCCUCAGCUACUUCUUCCUCAACAUCUUCCUCCUCUACCGGUAACCAAGGCAAUCAGGCCUACCAGAAUCGCCCUGUGGCUGCUAACACCUUAGACUUUGGACAGAAUGGAACUAUGGGUGUUAAUUUAACAGUCUUUUCAAAUCCCCGCCAAGAGACUGGCAUCUCUGGACAUCCAACAUACCAGUAUUCUGCGAAUACAGGCCCUGCCCACUAUGUAACUGAAGGACAUCUGACUAUGAGGCAAGGAAUUGAACGAGAAGAAUCGCCCAUGACAGGAGUUUGCGUUCAGCAAAGUCCUGUGGCUAGCUCGUGACUAAAUUCUAUAUAGGUUUGUUUCUUGUGGAUUUUUAUUUUUUUUAUUUUUUGUUCUUUAAAAACAAAAAAAAAUGUUAGUGUCUUCAUAUUUUUUUUUAGUUAUUGGGUUUUGUUUUUAUUUAUUUUUUUAUUUUGUUAGAUUUUAUUUUGUGUGUUAGAAGUGGUUAUGUUUUUCUGCAAAGUGCAAAAGCUGCUUUAAUCAGAAGGAGAUAAAACACAUGUAACUGCUACAACAGGGAAAGGCUGACUAUUUUUUUAAACUUGAAAUGAUUGCAAAGGGACAUUGAAGUGAAACUAUUUUUAUUUUUUUAGAGCUGCUUCCAAACCCACCACGUUGGAUAGCUCCAAAUUACCACCUCUCCUUUUGCUUACCCCAUUUAAUUGUACACUCUUAUCACGAUUAUUUUAUAAAGAUCAUAUAUGUAUUUGUAUAUACAUAUAUAUUUAUAUAUUUUAACCAUAGUAUGUAAUACUUAACAUAGUUGCCAACAUGGUAAAAGCAACAUUAAGUAACAGAGUAUCCCAACAAGUAAGUCUUUGGCAUCUAUUUGUCCAAUAAAACAUGGGCACAGAUGCGCAGUACUGUAUAGAGAAGAGGGACCUUUAACCUUCUAAACACACAAGCUAUGAGGCUCUACUUAUGUUAUCUAGAGGGAAGGUUAAACUGUUGUAUUGCAGUCAUCUUGGUAAGUAGUGGUCAUAAAAUCUCUUGGCAUGAAUCUGCUAAGUAGCGGUGAAAUGAGAUUGUGAAUCUUGCCAGUGAAAGAACAGUCAGCGUAAUAGUAAAAUUCAACUUGUCCCAUAUUUUAUUUUUUCUGUUUUUUAUUUUGCUUUGAUUUGUGUUUUUUUUAUUCACUGAAAAGCAAUCAGAUGGCCCAUCUUGGCCAGUCAUGGGAAGGUCUAAGUGACAUUGUUUUAGGAUAAUUUUUGGCCUUGUGGAUCUGGACUCUAAUAUGGAAGAGCCUGCCAUUUUAGAUGCAAUCGUUUUUUUGGACAUGGUUGUGCAAUUAGCUCUAAAUGCUGAAAAAACACAGAAUGGGGUAAUUCAAGAGGCCUUUCUUUUAAAAUAGACUUUUGUGACCCGCUAAUUGUAGAAUUUGGCAAGGCCGCUUGGUUUGUCAUAAAGUUGACUUCUCUAAUGGUUGAAAGUCACAGUGGUAGUGGUUUGCUAUUGAAGGAAAUAACUACAACUGUGUCCUUCCUGC